UUAGCAGCGGCGCGCGUAGCUCAGUCUCCUAGGGUGCAGGCGGCCUGCUGCGCCAUGCCUGCAAAAGCAGAGGUCCUCCUUCGCUACGGACCCUACAGCGCCGUCGGCCUGGCUGUGGAGCCCCGCACCUUCCGCUUGGAAGGCCUGCAAGCUGUGUUGGCCAAAGAUGGACAUAAGGUCACCCUAGAGAAGACAGAAGAGUGGAAUGUGGUAGAGCUCAUAGUGAAUGAAGAAGUCGUCUUCCAGUGCAAUAUCACAGACUUGGAGUUCGGAGGUGAUGGCAAACUGGACCCACUGUGCGAAGAAGCCAGGAAAUCUGUGUUAAAUGCCUACUGAUCUCCUGUGGGACAGACACAGAUGACCAUCAGCGCCUACUGGUUCAGGGACACUGGGCUGUCUUGGUCAGAAGGAGGCAGCGCUGGCCUGCUGCACAGCCUGGAUUCCCAUCUGGCUGCACAGGGGCCCCCCAAACAAUAAAAGCACAUUGUCUGCAGCAUCUCUCAACCUCAACCCACAGGGAGAGUCUCCAAUAUCAGGUACACAUUGAGCUGAAGGAAAUAAUAAAAUGCAAUCUAAUAACAAA